CGCAUGCGUACUUCUCAUUUCUGUCAGACAGCAGCAGCCAGUAAACAUGGCUGGUGUCGGUUUCCGACGGUGGGCCAAGGCUCUCGCUAAGGGGAAAGGUUCUGGUCUCUCAGCCCUGGUAUCGGGAUGCAGAGGAGCCUCCGGUGUGUCCAAGGACAGUCUGCCAGGUCCGUUCCCGCAGACCCCGGAGGAGAGAGCUGCUGCUGCCAAGAAGUACAACAUGAGGGUUGAGGACUAUGAACCGUACCCGGACAACGGAGAGGGCUACGGCGAUUACCCCAAACUACCGGACAGGUCGCAACACGAGAGAGACCCCUGGUACCAAUGGGACCAUCCUGACUUGAGGAGGAACUGGGGAGAGCCGCUCCACUGGGAUUUCGACAUGUACAUCAGAAACCGCGUGGACACAUCUCCGAGCCCCGUGCCGUGGUCAACCAUGUGGAAACAGCUGUUUGGUUUUGUUGGGUUCAUGUUGUUCAUGUUCUACCUUGGAGAGAAAUUGCCGUCCUAUCAAGCUGUUGCCCCAAAGCAAUAUCCCUACAACAACCUGUACUUGGAGAAGGGAGGAGAUCCUGAAAAGCCACCAGAGGAAGUUAAAAAUUUCGAAAUCUAAGCCUAAAAUAAAAUCUUGCUCCUGUAUAUAUUUCUGGAAACAAUAAAGACUUGUUGACUCCAAAAAAAAAA